UGUGGUAGAGGCCGCGGCUGCGGCCGGCCGCUGAUUGGCUGUUGCAGGCGCGGGGCGGGGCAGAUAGUAGACGCUGGGUCUCCGGGGAUCGCGCUCUGUUUUCCCGCCAUGUCGUUUGUGGAGACCGGGAGGUGCCUGCCUCCGCAGGGCCGCCGCCUCGGCACCCCGGGCCCUUUCGCUCGGACUGUGUAUUUCGCUUUCGCUCAGGGGGACUGUUGGGGUGAAGGCGAAGUCGAGGAGGAAGUGGGAUCCGACCAAGUGGCCCGAGACUUGCGGGCAGAGUUCUCGGCGGGGGCAGUGUCAGACCCCAGAAGCGGCUCUCUACUCCCUCCGGUUGGGGAUGGGUCGCCGUUGCUGCCUGAUAAGCGCAAUGGUAUCUUCCCGGCGCCUACCGGCAUCCGAGUCCAAGGUCGGCGGUGGCCAGUCCAGGUCCUCUCCAUUCUUUGUUCGCUGCUCUUCGUUAUUCUUUUGGCCUUCCUCCUCGCCAUCGCCUAUCUCGUCAUUAAAGAGUUGCAUGCUGAGAAUUUGAAAAAUGAAGAUGAUGUAGACACUGGGCUAUUAGGUAUGGACUUAAUUACCUUUGGAGGGCUGGACUGCGGGCCCCAGGAUGAGUCGGCUGCUAAGCAGGAUAGGCAGCGGUGGCAAUGGCAAAAACACCCGGCGGGCCAGAUAAAUGUUCUAGGUGGGCUGCCUUCACUUCCAUUUCCACUAACAGAUCACUUACAAGAAAUUUCCUCUACUUCCUUCCUCUUCUUAUUGAAACUGACUGGACAUUCUUUCCACAUGGGCUAUAGCAUGGCAAUUUUGAAUGGCAUUGUAGCUGCUCUUACUGUGGCAUGGUGCCUCAUGUAAAACCACAGUGAAGCAAUAUUGUUGGCAAAACUUAGAAAUGAUCAUUUUGUAAUGAAAAGAAAGAAGAUCAUUGCCUAUUCAGAAAACCAAGAAACCUACUGUUCAUUAUGUGGUCCAGAUGUAUGUCAUCAUCAUCAUCAUGGAGGACCUUUCAAAGCAACUGUUCUAGAGUCGAGGCAUUGGGAAUAUCUAAAUAUUAAGUUUUAAGUACCUUCUUAAAAGUAUUAGAUGUUUACCUCAUCUUUUUACUUUUGUGUGUGUUUUUAUUAGUUGUAGAAAACUUUUUAAUGGAAAUCAAAUUCAAAAACUUGAAUACAGGACAAUGCCUACCUUUCCAUGUAUGUAUUACAUUUUUUGCUAAGAUAGUGAUAUGACUGUUUAAUUAAGAUCCAAACAUCUUAUGUAUAUGUUAGGAAAGCAAAUAAUUCGUACUAUGCCAAUACUUUAUAG